AUGGCAGCUCAGGCUGGCGGAAACGGCGGAGACGGUGGAGCGGGAGGCUUAGGGGGAGGCGGAGGCGGAGGCGGAGAUGGAAGCGGAGGCGGAAGCUUAGGCGGUCGUCCCGUGGGGGAUGAUUAUGUUCUGGAGAAGCAGAUAGGUUCGGGGUCGUUUUCCGUGGUGUGGAGGGGUAGGAGGCGGUCGACGGGCGACGCGGUGGCGAUUAAGGAAAUUCCGACGGAGAAAUUAAGUGCCAAGCUGCACGAGAGUCUCGAGUCGGAGAUUGCGAUUCUGAAACGCGCAAGGCAUCCCAAUAUCGUUCAUCUAUUGGACAUAGUUAAGACCUCGUCGCGUAUGUUCCUUGUCCUGGAGUACUGCGCGGGUGGUGACCUCUCGCACCACAUCAGGCGGGGCGGGGCGGUGAAAGAGGCGGCAGCCCGGCACUUCAUGCGGCAGCUGGGAGCGGGACUGCAGGUGCUGCGAGCCAACAACCUUAUUCACCGGGAUUUGAAGCCCCAGAACCUCCUGCUAUCUGAGCGCACCUCUGCUGCAGUGCUCAAGAUUGCAGACUUCGGAUUCGCCAGGUCGCUGCAGCCACAGGGCCUGGCGGAGACGCUGUGUGGAUCUCCCCUGUACAUGGCGCCAGAGAUCCUGCAGUGCCAGCGAUACGACGCCAAGGCGGACUUGUGGAGUGUGGGCGCCAUUCUCUUUGAGCUUGUUGUGGGGCGACCACCUUUUGGCGGUCAGAAUCACGUGCAUCUGCUGCAAAACAUCAAGAGAAGCGAGGCACGUGUACCGCGCGACAUUGCUGCAACUCUUUCGGACGACUGUCUCGGGCUCAUCCGCUCUCUGCUCAAGCGGAACCCCGUGGAGCGGCUGUCAUUUGAACAGUUCUUCAAUCAUCCUUUCCUUGGCUUAGCAAGCAAUCCUCUCUCCCCUCCUCCGCCUUUUCCCCUCUCCCCUCCUCCGCCUUUUCCUCUCUCCCCAUCCUUCUCGUCCCCCUUUUCCCCUCAGUCUAUCUGGCAACCACCAGCCUCCUUCACCAACCCAGCUGCUCAGACCGAACCACCGCCACUCCGUACCGAACCUCCGCCACUUCGUACCGAGCCUCCACCGUUCCCUGCCGAACCUCCAUCAUCCUCCCCCGAACCUCCGGCUCCACCACAGAGUUCCAGGCCUCCCGCAGCUGUUUCUGCCCCUACAACCCCUGCCACCACCCCUUCGGCUCCUGCUGCUUCUCCUGGUGCAGGGGGGGUUGCGCCUGCUCCUCCAACCUCCCCCUCCUUUACUCCCCUACCUCAUACCCCCCUGCCUCCCCCCUCCCUUACUACCCCUGCCCCUGUUCCCCCGUUUCCCCCUCCCCUUAACCCCCCUGCCCUGCCUGCCCCCUGCGCUACCCCUCUGUCCGCCCCGCCUUCGCCCCCAUAUCGCUCCGCUUCCCCACACCUUCCCCCUGGGCCCUCCCAGCAUGCCAAGUUCCAGCAACAACAGGGACAGCAGCAGCAGCGUCAGAAUCACUCAGCCCUUGUGUCGAAACCAGAGAGGGGAGUAGAGGCAGCAGCAGCAGCAGGAGCAGGAGCAGGAGCAGGAGCAGGAGCAGGAGCAGGAGCAGCAGCAGAGGCUGUACUACCCCCAGCAGCAGAGACAACUGUGCAAGCCACACUGGCCGGACCAUCGCUGGCAGCAACGGUACCGCUCUCAGUGGCAGUGGCGCCGUCCCCAGCACCACCGUUGGUGCCUGCACCGCUGCUCCCUGCAGGGGAUGAAAGAGCACCAUCCCACGCUCGUUCCGGCUUGGCUCUGGCUGUUAGCCUCGGCACGCCCCGCACAGGUUCUCUGGCCAGACCUGCUCCUGGUAGCCUCGGCAGCGAUGUGGGUGCAGGUGUGGGUGUGAGUGUGAGUGCUGCAUCAUCAUUGAGUGCAGCAGGUUUGCCUGCUGGAGGGGAGCCGGACAGAGGCGGACUGAUGCAGAAUGAACAGCAGAAAGGACAGACACAGCAGCAGAUGCAGAUUCAACAGCAGGAGCAGCAGGUGUUUCAGCAGCAUCCUCAGGAGCGGAUUGCCUUCCUCAGACAAAGCGGGCGUUACAUUGCAGAAAUUGCUGCUAGCAAGCUGGAAGCAGCAGCACCGCUCGCCUCGCUCUCCGUCCACCUCGUUGCACUCGCGGUGGGGUGGGGAAAGAGGCUCUCACGCUCUCCCAUGCCUGUGCCUCUCCUCCCACCUCCCAUCGUUCCCCCUCUUCAGCUGGAAGCAGCAGCACCGCUCGGCUCGCUCUCCCUCCACCUGGUCGCUCUCGCGGUGUGGAAAGAGGCUCUCACGCUCUCCCACGAAUGGGCUGCCACCAGUGCCACUAGCACCACCAAUGCCACCAUUGAUACCUAUAACGGUGGUGCUCAUAGUGGUGAUGCUUAUAACGGGGGUGCUUCUAGUGGUUCUGGUGGAAUGAUCCCGUUGCGCAGGAGCAGCAGCGUGGGGGGGCAUGGAGGCAGCAUGGGGGGACAUGGGGGCAGCAUGGGGGGACAUGGGGGCAGCAUUGGCGCCCAUGGGGGCAGCAUUGGCGCCCAUGGGGGCAGCAUGGGCGCUCAUGGGAGCGGGGAGGAGGCAGCAGCAGCAAUGGCGUGUGACUUGGUGGAAGCAGAGUUCCUGGCGGCUGUUGAAACAGCAGAGACCGUUGCUGCUGCUGUUGACAGGGACGGUGAGUGCGACAUAAGGAAAGAAGUGGGAAAGAAGGUCAUGUCAUACAGUAUAGGUAAGUGGGCAGCAGCAGCGGUGGCGUGUGACUUGGUGGAAGCAGAGUUCCUUGCAGCUGUUGAGACAGCAGAAAUUGUUGCUGCUGCUGUUGACAGGGAUGGUGAGUGCGGUACGGAUGGGUGGAUGGGAUUGAUGAGGUGUGGUAUACCGUAUAGAGCAGCGAUGGCAUGCGACUUGGUAGAAGCAGAGUUUGUUGCAGCUGUGGAGACAGCAGAGGCGGUUGCUGCUGCUGUUGACAGGGAUGACCCAUCACCCGUGCCUGAUGCUCUGGAGAUGGUCUAUCAGACUGCCCUCAUCGCUGGUCGCUCUGCUGCUGUGAGUUCCCCUUCCCACUUCCCUGACUGUCCCCAAUGUGUCUUUUUCCUGCCUCUAUGUCUCUUCUGUUUUCUCGUGGAGGAGUUGAUGGGAAACAUGGCAUCAGCAGCAGCAGCCUAUGUGUGUUCUGAGUCGACUCAAAGCUCUCUUCCCCUGUUCUUCCUCUGUAUUUUCACCUCUCCCUCUCAGGUGGAGGAGUUGAUGGGAAACAUGGCGUCAGCAGCAGCAGCCUAUGCGCGCUCAGCCACGCUCUUCGCCUUCCUCCUGCACCUCGCACCUCACCACCCCACAUUGAACUUCACUACUCUCGUUGAGGAGCUGAUGGGAAACAUGGCGUCGGCAGCAGCAGCCUAUGCUCGCUCAGCCACGCUCUUCGCCUUCCUCCUGCACCUCGCCCCUCGCCUCCCCAUCUCCCCGCCCCUCCGCCUUUCCCCUGCCGACCGCCACCGCCUCACCAAGUACCAUGAUGGGCACUGCUCGGCUGUUCUCUUCUCCUCCCUCCUGCCUUUCGCUCAGCACCGCCUCUCCUCCCCUCCCUUGCCGACCUUCUCCUCUCCCCUUUCGCUCACCUCUUCUCCUCCCCUCACCAAGUACCAUGACGGGCACUCUACUGCUGUCCUCUUUCCCCUCCUUCGUGCACCUCGCUCCACGCCCCCUCUCCGCCUCUCCCCUGCCGACCACCACCACCUGGCGAAGUUUCACAACAGGGUGCUGGCCCGCCAGGAGCACUGCAGUGCUGCGCUGCACUGCUGA